AGCAUGAUCUUACCCAAUCGGACUGUGGGAUUUCAUAUCUAUGAUAGCCACUUUGAUGCCCAGAUAACUUAUCAGAACACGCUGAACUUGCUCUUUAAUCAGAAACCAACUCUUCUCAACUACAACUGCAGCAAGAAGAUACCAGCAGCUGUCAUUGGGGGUACUGACUCAGAAACCUCCCUCCACAUAGCUACUAUUUUAGGGAUCUACAAGAUUCCGCAGGACCCCCGUUCUCUGACCGAUCAUUUUAUCAGAGUCUUCUGGGAACAAGCAUUUAAAUGCUCGUUUCCAGCUUCUGCAACAGACAAAGGAAGCUGUACUGGCAAUGAGAGACUGGAAAGCCUUCCACGGCCUUUUUUUGAAAUGAGCAUGACCAGUCAAAGCUACAGUGUUUAUAAUGCUGUCUAUGCUGUGACACAUGCUUUGCAUGCCUUUUAUUCAUCCAGAAGGAAAUAUGGAGCGGUGUUGAUGAAAAAUUACCCAAGGACUUCUAAAUCACAGUAUUUUCAGCUUUAUCAUUUCCUAAGUCGAAUUUCCUUUAACAACAGUGCUGGAGACAAGGUGUCUUUUGACAAGAAGCAUGAAUUGCUAGCUGGAUUUGACAUUAUCAACUGGGUUACUUUCCCUAACAAAUCCUUCAUGAAAGUGAAAGUGGGACAAAUGGAUCCUGAAGCCCCAUCAGGCAGAAGGUUCACCAUCAACGAAAGAAAAAUCACAUGGCAGGCCCAUUUUAAACAGACUAUACCUCUUGCUCUGUGCAAUGAUCAUUGCCCACCAGGCUCCAGAAAGAAAAGGAAGGAAGGGAAGCCAUUUUGUUGCUACGAUUGUAAUACUUGUCCAUCAAGAAAGUUUUCAAAUGAAAGAGAUAUGGAUGACUGCUUAGACUGUCCAGAAGAACAAUAUCCAAACAAGGAAAAAAAUACGUGCAUUCCCAAGGAUCUAAAUUUCUUGUCAUACAAUGAAACUUUGGGCAUCACUUUGGCUGCUCUGGCUCUCUCGUUUUCUGUGACCACAGUGGUGGUACUUGGAAUUUUCAUAAAACAUCGAAAUACUCCCAUUGUCAAAGCUAACAACCGGAAUCUCACUUAUCUUCUCCUUGUCUCCCUCUUCCUCUGCUUCCUCUGUUCCUUGCUGUUCAUUGGUCAGCCCCAAUUGCUGACCUGUCUUCUUCGUCAAAUUGCAUUUGGGAUAAUCUUCUCAGUUGCUGUCUCUUCAGUUUUGGCCAAAACUAUCACAGUGGUUCUAGCUUUUAUGGCUACUAAGCCAGGAUCAAAAUUGAGAAAAUGGGUGGGGAAAAGAUUUUCAUACUCUCUGAUUCUCUAUUGUUCCUGCAUUCAAGCAAGUAUUUGCAUAUUGUGGCUGUGCACUGGCCCUCCUUUCCCAAAUUUGGACAUGCAUUCUCUUCCAGAAGAGAUUGUAGUUGAAUGCAAUGAAGGAUCAGGGAACAUGUUCUAUUAUAUUUUAGGAUAUAUGGGAUUUCUUGCUCUCAUCAGCUACAUUGUGGCUUUCUUUGCUCGAAAACUGCCAGACUCUUUUAAUGAAGCCAAAUUUAUUGCUUUUAGCAUGCUGGUGUUUUGUAGUGUAUGGAUGACUUUUGUCCCAACUUAUCUGAGCACCAAAGGAAAAUAUAUGGUAGCUGUGGAGAUCUUCUCCAUCUUGGCUUCCAGUAUAGGAAUAUUGGGAUCUAUCUUUUUCCCUAAAUGCUACAUAAUUGUAGUGAGACCAGAACUCAACACAAAGGACCAUCUAAAAACAAAAAACUAACAAUUACAGAUAUUAAUUGAUUUUGAAGAAUUUAGCAUGGUCUUGAAAAGAAAGUUGGAGAGAUAAAAUGUUGAUCAGUCAUGAGGAAGUAGAAUGUGUAAGAAAAAGACGCAGAAUACUCCCAAUUUGACUUCAAUGUUCUUAAAAUGGGGAAAGUGGAUUUUUUGGACUAGGUUUCAACUGUCAAUAUACAGAAACCUAUAAUAAUAAAGUAGUAUUCCUGGAAUUCGUGCACCAUCAGUUUCGUGACCUGGUCUACUUGAAAAGGUUGAUACAUCAUUAGGGUUUGAUUACAAUAUUCAAUAUUGUAAUAUCAAAUCUUAAACCAAUGCCUCUUGUCAGCUGAACAAAGACAAGAUAUUGUAUUUAUCACACUGUACAAAUUGUAUAUUUAGGUUCACUUUUAUAGCAAUAGCAAUAACACUUAGACUGACAUACCACUCCUUAGUGAUUUACAGGACUCUCUGAGAAGUUUGAAAGAUCAGAAUAUUUCCCCCAACAAUCUACUCCCCAUUUUACCAAUCUUGGAAGAAUGGAAGGCUAAGUCAACCUCAAACAGUCAUGAUCAAACACUCUGUGGGCAGAGUUAGCCUGCAAUACUGCAUUUAACACUGUGCCACCGGGGCUCAUACCGCCAAUGACUGCCACCUUCUCUUCAACCAGAAGCCAAGAAUCCAGGGGGAUCCCAGAUUACAUCUGGAAUCCGUUUGAGCAGUGCAACCUCAUCCAGCAUCAUAGUCCUAGAACUGACAGGUCCCAAAUCCCAAAGCCACUCAGUGUUGCCAGGUUCAGUUGAACCCUGUCUUUCCCCAUACAGAUGCUCACAGUGUCCAAGCAUUAGGAUAAGACAAUCAUGGCAUCACUUCAUUCAUCUGGGGCACGGGUGUAUAAUCACAAGUUUGCUGCAAACAGUGGUAGGAAUACCCAAACAACAACAAUUACUAAUAAAUAACAACAAUGAAACAAAAAUAAUUAUCAACAAUAACUUGCCUAACCUCUCAACCUCCAUGCCUGAGAAAAGAACCUUCCUAACAAUCAGUAAGAGUUAACUUUAUAUUGAGGAAAUGUUCCAAAGGGAGAUUCAGUUACAUAAAAGGCAUACUACUAAGGGACUAUUAGAUAAUACUCCUUAAUAAACAAUACCUGGAGCAUGCCACUCCUCCUGGAACUGAUGGAGCAGACAGUGACAAUUGGAGAAAGUUGGUCCCACAAAUAUCCUGCUCCCAUGUGAUGUAGGACUUUGUAGAUGGUGUGAGUUCCAUCAGCAAGCUAUUAAUAUUUAUUGAUAAAUACAUUAAGCAAUCAGAGGGGUAUUACUACUUACUAAGUUUUGAACUGUUCUCAAAAUGUCCAAUAAAUUCUCAUAUAUGUUUUA